UGUCGGAGCUCGUCGACAUUUCUUCGUUUUUUUUUCGUCGUUAGUUACAUAUUUGUUAUUGUAUAUUUACUUAUUUGAUCGCGUUUCACCACAAUGAAGGGCAUAGUUUGGAUUUUGGCAUUAGGUUUUGUUGGAUUCUCAGCAGGAUCCAACGGUGUUUCCAUACGGUACAGUGGCACUCUGGAUAAAACCAAUGCCACAGAAUCUGUUUCUGUUUCUGUUAAAAUGAAUGACACCUGUUUGUUAUACACCCCUGGGACUUUGGAGAACAGGACAGAGGAAGUGUGUCAAAGUCUGUCCCAGCGUUUCCAAGGUGUUUUGAAAGACCUAGUUGUCCACUUGUCUCCGGUAGUGAAAGACUCCAAUCAGACUAAAGUAAAUUUCCAGUGGGUGUUUAUCUGUAAUGAUUCUAUGGCGAAUAUGAAGUUAACCGCUGACGGCAACCCAAUCACAGUUGUUGACGAUGCAAAGAUCCUGAAAAAUGAGUGUAUACAUUGGGAGAAGCAGACAAAAGGCGAAAAUGUCUGUGGACAAGACUGCAGCCGGACUGGCAGAAAAGAUGACAGAAGUGAGCAGACUGUCAUCAUCACCGGGGUCCCUUUUCACAACGUCACUGACUUUGUCGUCGUCAUUGUUGUCAUCGCCGUCAUCAUUGGCGGCGGCGGCGGCGUCAUCAUCGUCUACAAAAAGUGCUUUGGUUAG